UACACAACGUCACACAUUUAUCCAGCUAGAGAGGCUUAACAUGAGAAAGGAAAACACAGCGCCUCACAACGAGCUGUCCGUACUCUGAGAACAUGACGGAGUAGAUCCGACCCUGCUUCCUUGCGGACACUUUUAUUUCCUAUUUCUGACACAACAAAGGGAAUAAUAAUUGGUGAAAACAACGUGGUGGUGAUCCAAGAAGGGGAAAACACACCGAAACAGCGCUUCCCAAACGCCUCCCCUCUAUUUUUCUCUCUCCUCGCCAGACGUUUCAAGCUGUUGUGAAAGGACGGCACUUUAUUUUUUAUUUUGGGAGACAUUUUCCUUCUCCUGCAUUUUAUCAGAAUUUAGUUCUGUUUUUUUUUUUUUUCCUGGAAGAGAAAGUGCAAAUGCUCAUGUCUGGAAACUUCAGACUGUAGGGGAGGAAGGGGGGGGUGAGCCCUUAAUGUUGGGAGGAAUGGGCCAGACGGUGUGUUUACUAGAAAGGCGAAAAAAAUAACUGAGUGUAGGGAGUGUUUUUGUGUUUGCUUCUUUGUUUUUAUUAUAUAUAUAUAUAUAUAUAUAUAUAUAAAGUCUUUCUCCGGUCGUGGGUCGCAGAGGAGCGACGUAGAGGAAGAAAGGAGUGGACGAGAGCUGGGAAGACAGGACUGCAUAUGGUUAAGACCCAAGUCUAGUAAGCUCCUUUUUGCAUGGAAACCCUGUUUCCCUGGCAGCCCCCUCCUCUCCCUAGAGCUAGCAGCCAGCAUUGCAGGAUGAGCUUCUGCCAGCGAUGAUGAUGGCCAGAAAACAAGAUGUCCGGGCUCCCAUCUACAACUUGGUCGUGGUGGGGUUGUCUGGCACAGAGAAGGAGAAAGGCCAAUGUGGCGUGGGCAAGUCCUGCCUGUGCAACCGCUUUGUUCGGCCAAGUGCAGACGACUUCUACCUGGAUCACACCUCUGUUUUGAGCACCAGUGACUUUGGAGGCCGCGUGGUGAAUAAUGACCACUUCCUGUACUGGGGAGAAGCUGGGAGGACUAUGGAGGAGGGGCAAGAGUGCCGUAUGAAUGUGGUAGAGCAGACAGAGUUCAUUGAUGAUCAGACAUUCCAACCACACCGUAGCACAGCGCUCCAGCCUUACAUCAAGAGGGCAGCUUCCCCCAAGAUGGCUUCUGCUGAAAAGCUGAUGUACUUUUGCACAGAUCAGCUGGGGCUAGAGCAGGACUUUGAGCAAAAGCAAAUGCCUGAAGGCAAGCUUAUGGUGGAUGGCUUCUUACUCUGUGUUGAUGUUAGUAGGGGUAUGAACCGUAGCUUUGAGGAUCAGAUGAAGUUUGUUGGCAAUCUGUAUAAUCAACUAGCCAAAACGAAGAAGCCUGUGGUACUGGUUCUCACCAAAUGUGAUGAAGGAGUUGAGCGCUACAUUAAAGACUCUCAUGCUUUUGCCCUUGCCAAGAAAAACCUACAGGUGGUUGAAACUUCAGCCCGCUCUAAUGUCAACGUUGACCUGGCAUUCCUCACUCUGGUUCAGCUAAUAGACAAGAGCAGGGGAAAGCCCAAGAUUAUCCCAUACUUUGAGGCACUAAAACAACAGAGCCAACAGAUCGCCUUAGCCAAAGACCACUAUGAAUGGCUGGUCAACCGAAUUGUGAAUAACCACAAUGAGACAUGGCCUGCUGUCAACCGUCGUAUGCAGACAGCUCCUGACUACAAGGAGUAUGUUUUUCUUGAGGGAACUGCAAAGGCCAAGAAGCUUUUCCAGCAGCACGUGCACAGACUAAAACAAGAGCACAUAGAGAAACGCAGGAAAGCCUAUCUAAAUACUUUACCACCAGCCCUAUCUGUGCUCAUAUCACAGUUGGAUGAGAUUGACCACUUGAGCUGGUCUGGAGUUCAGAAGGUCUUAGAGACAAAGAGAGAUUUCUCUCAGUGGUUUGUAGUUUUAGAUGAUACCCCCUGGGAGACGACACCACACAUUGAUAAAAUGGAUGACGAUCGAAUCCCCCAGGACCUGCUGGAGACCCCAGCAGCUGAAGCCAUCUAUGAAACCCAUUUGGAUCAGUUAAGGAAGGAGCGCAAACGGGCAGAGAUGAGAUGGGAAUUCAAAGAAAAGUUAAGUGUUUCUCCUUUCAUCACACCAGGGAAACCAUGGGAAGAGGCUCGAAGUUUCAUCAUGAAUGAGGAUUUCUACCAGUGGCUGGAAGAAGCUGAAUAUCUAGACAUCUACAACAAACAUCAGAAGGAAAUUAUUGACAGGGCCAAAGAAGACUUUCAGGAACUGCUUCUUGAAUACUCUGAGCUCUUUUAUGAGUUAGAAGUGGAUGCAAAACCAAGUAAAGAGAAAAUGGGAGCCAUUCAGGAGUUGUUGGGCGAGGAGCAAAGAUUUAAAGCGCUACAAAAGCUGCAGGCAGAAAGGGAUGCUCUAGUACUGAAACACAUCCACUUUGUUUACCAUCCUACAAAGGAUACUUGCCCUAACAGCCCCCACUGUGUUGACAGUAAGAUCGAACAGAUACUGGCUUCCAGGUUCCCCACUCGAUACCCAUCAUCAGACAGCACUAGACUGGAAGGGGGAAGGGCUGAACGGAUAAAUCUUGUCAUUCUAGGGAAAGAUGGACUAGCCAGAGAAAUGGCAAAUGAGAUAAGAGCGUUAUGCACCAGUGAUGACAGAUACGUUGUAGAUGGCAAAAUAUAUGAGUUAACCCUUCGUCCUAUAGAAGGCAACGUACGUCUGCCUGUCAACUCAUUCCACACACCUACCUUCACACCCCAUGGAUGCCUUUGUUUAUACAAUUCAAAGGAAUCCCUCUCUUAUGUUGUUGAGAGUUUAGAAAAGCUUAGAGAGUCAACUAUAAGCAGAAGGGAAAGGGAAAACAGCUUAGCUCAUCUCCCACUGUCCCUCCUUCUGGUCACUAAGCGGGGUGUUGGUUCUAUUGGGGAUAUCGGAGGGGAAACGGCUCAGACUCUGAUUCAACAAGGGCAGCAGGUAGCUGCAAAGCUGCAGUGUGCCUACCUAGACCCGGCCUCCCCAGGUAAGGGUUAUGGCCGCAAUGUCAGUGAGAAGCAGCUUAGUCAGAUGCUCAGAAGUCUCUUAGAAACCCGGAGAAACAUUAGGAGCAGCUCCCCUAUGUUGCCUCCUUUAUCCUCUGCUUACAGAGACUCUCAAUCUCAGCAAGGCUAUGAGGCAGACCUCCGAAUAGUCAUGUGCUUGAUGUGUGGGGACACGUAUGAUUUAGAUCAGCUCCUUGCACCGUUCCUGUUGCCCCAGCAUUGUCGUCCUGCAUCCAGCCUUGGCAGUGGCACGUCUGUUUUCUUGGAUCUCAAUAUAGGAGGUCACAGGCAAAACGUUGAGUUGUCUUUGCUCUCUUUCCACUCCUCAUUUUCCCUCCGCAAAACAGGCCUGGUCCAUGGCUACAUCACAGUUUACUCUGCUCGCCGCAAAGCCUCCAUGGAGACGAUGUGCGCUUUCCUUUGUGAGGUCCAGGACAUCGUCCCAGUCCAGUUGCUAGCAGUAGGGGAGAGUCAGAUGGAGCUGUCAGACUCUGACUCAUCUAAGGAGCAAAUCUGUCAGGGAGAGGAGCUGGCCCAUGAAAUCAAUGCCAGAUUUAGCACAAUAAUAUGUGGACAUGGUGGGGUAGUAGGGGGACUUCAUAAGAUAGACCUUUUCCAGUCCUUCUUACACGAGGUGAUGGAGAAGCGCACUGUUGUUGAGGCAGCACACAUGUAUGAUAAUACAGCUGAAGCAUGCACUAUUGAGAACAUCAGCCCUCACCAUGGGUCCCCCAGUCCCAUUCACAUUAAUGUGGAGUCGGAGGAUGAUAUUGACCCAUCACCACCUUACCCUACACUUAGGGAGGUUGGUAGUUCCCUUCUGGGAAGUUUCAAGCUGCCAGAUCUGGAAUCAAGUGAUACAUUUUCUGUCAUUUCUGAUAUUGGCACAUUUGAAAGCAAGCUGAACAACAAGUUGCCUCCACAAGUAAAGCCCAAGCCUGUAAGUAAUGUAAUUCUUGGACCCUAUGUUGAUCACCAAGGAACCUCUAACCGAUCCUUCUUGCCCCAAACGGUCACCUGGGCUCCAGGGAGCGACGGAGGCUAUGACCCCUCAGACUAUGCGGAGCCUAUGGACGCUGUGUGCAAACCUCGACCCACAGAGGAGGAGACCAUUUACUCUGUUCCCCAUGACACCACACAGGGCAAGAUUGUCACCAUCCACAACGCCAACAAGGGUCACUCCAAUGGAAGUGCUGCAGGGAACGGUUCAGACAGCGAAGCCGACAGCAGCUCGCUGGAGCGCAGGAGAAAGCUGUCUGUAUUUGGUGAAAAGCCCAAGCUUUACAGAGACAGGUCCCAACGGCUUGGAAAAUUUAGUAGUUUUAGGACAAGCUUCUCUCUUGGCAGUGAUGAUGAGAUGGGCGGUCCACCAAAGACAAGCCAGGAUGAUGGAGGACCUCAAAAGGACAUCUCCAUCGAAGAGAGUGACGAUCACAAAACAAUAAAGAUCCUCCGGGGUCUCCGCAGAAAUACAAAGCAGAAACAGUCGCGGGUCAAGCCCAGGCAUUCCAACUCUAAACCUAUUGAGAGCAACUACUUCGGCAUGCCGCUGGCUGCUGUGGUGACCGUUGAGAGACCGAUCCCCGUCUUCAUCGAGAAAUGUAUCCGCUUUAUUGAGACAACAGGUCUGAGCACAGAGGGAAUCUACAGGGUCAGCGGCAACAAGGCGGAGAUCGAGGGCAUGCAGCGACAGUUCGAACAAGACCAUAACCUGGAUCUGGAGAAGGACUUGAGCAUCAAUACAGUUGCAGGAGCAAUGAAGGCCUUUUUCUCAGAGCUCCCCGAGCCCCUGGUGCCCUACAGCAUGCAGCCGGAGCUGGCCGAGGCCUUCAAGAUCAACGACAGGGAGCAACGCUUUCAGACAAUGAAGGAUGUCCUGCGACAUUUUCCCCGGGAGAAUUACGAGGUCUUCAAAUAUGUCAUCAGCCAUUUGAACAAGGUGAGUCAGAACAGCAAGUCUAACCUGAUGACCAGUGAGAACCUGUCCAUCUGUUUCUGGCCCACGCUAAUGAGACCCGACUUCACCACCAUGGAUGCUCUAACUGCCACCCGCACCCACCAGACAAUCAUCGAGAGCUUCAUCCACCAGUGUGCAUUCUUCUUCUACAAUCAGCCCCUAUCCAACGGCCUCACCAGCUCCCCCAACUCCACGCUCUCUGGGGGCAGCGGGACCUCAGCCUACUCCUGCAUGGCCGGUGGCUACUCAUCCUCCACUUCGUCAGCUCCGCCCCCCACUGCCUACGUCCUCCCCGCCACCCCUCCUGUCAUACCUCAUUAUGGUCCUCCUAUCCACCAACACCACCAUCAACACAGGUCCCCUUCCCAUUCCCCACCACCCACUCCCCAGUCCACGAUCCCGACUCUGCUGCCACACUCUCUGCACCCCCAUCACUCCCCGGCUGAGCAACACACGCUGUGAACCAGGGAUCAAGGAAACAAGGAAGGGAAAAAAAGCUGGAGGAUAAUGACAGAUGAGUUUUAAGAGUUCAAGAUAAAACUGGUUGAAGUUUGAAAGAUUGGGAGAUAUAAUCCAAGAAGGAAAUCAAAAUUGGGAAAGAUUGAGUGAGAUGCGGUACGCACAGAGAGGAAGGGACAUGUUCGGGAAAAAGUCUGAGGUGUUUGAGCCUCUGCUGGUUUCUGAAAACAGAACAAUGAGGAACAAUAAAGAGCCUCUGAACUGACUGGAUGAACUUUCUCCCUGUUUGACACUAUCCCAUUGUCUCUCUCUGUCUCUUCACUGGUUCCACCCUCCCUGCCUUUUAGUGAAUCUACACACUAUCGAGGAGUGAUGAGUUGGCAGUUGCUGUUGAAGGGACUCAGGGGGCUCACUCCAAACACACAGGCACGCACACCACAGUAAAAUCCUCAAUCUGGGGAAUGUACCGACCAACUCAAGAGCCCACCUGCUGUAACGGACUACCCCGGAGAACUGGAGUUCUGAACAUGUGUUUCACCGCUGUGUUAGAGGACUUACGCAAGAAAACACGUGUUAAAACUCACCUGACAGAAUGUUCUGUCCCAAGAGGCUGAGAAAUUCCUAUCUGUCAGCCCUAUACAUACAUACAUACACACACAUGCACACAAUGAAACAGAGGCAAAAUCAGGUUUAAUCACGGCGGUUUGCAAAGUAAAAAAAAAAAAGUCCCAACCAACUGGAUCUACUGGGCAGGAUUAUGGGUUCUGACACGCCCUUUGAAUUCUUGGAAGAAAAAAAAACUCCUCCUUGUUUGCUGAACAUCAUUCCCCUUUACACAUAUAAAAUUCAACUGAACAUGUGAAAUUUCUGAUUGGUGCAAAUUUUACUUCAUGCCAGUCUGUGUCUGCGUGCACCUGCAUCCGGGAUUUUUAUCCAGUGUGUUUAACCUGAAUUUCCCUCUGCUUGACAGUUAGCAGGAAUAAUUCCAGUUUUGAGCCAUUCCCUGUCAUGUUUCUUUUCACACUGUGGUGUUUUUUUUUUUUUACAAACAAACCUGUGUUGCUGCAGAUUUUCACAGAGAGGACCUUGUUCUCUCUAUGAAAAAAAUAACUUUUCUGAGGCACAUUUUCAGUCGGGGGCUGCCUUAAAGUGACAGCCAUUUUUGUUGUCAGUCCACUUUCCUCUCUGGGAGCACAACACUGACAUCUAGAGGAAGACUUCAGUAUCACGCCACGGAAGCAUGGGCGUAGUACCUUCUUUUUACUGUGCUUUCUGUAGUAUCUGGUGCAGUUGUCAAAAUUAGGUGGAAUCAUCUUAAAUUAAGUGAAAAUAGCUGUUUUAGUGUAGAUUUAAAAAUAAGCAAUUUUAACUCGAAAUCAAAAAUGAAUCAAGAUUAUAGGAAAUCAGAUUAUGUAGCUGCUAAUUAUGUUUCAGUUUUCUGCUUUGCUACCAGCUCAAAGCUAGAGAAAGGAGCUCUGUUCUCUUUUAACAUAUUUUAGCAAAAGCAGGAAAGAGAAUCUAAGCUGGAAGGUGUUUUAUCCUCGGAAAAUAAUUGUUAGCCACUUCUCCAGUCCUCAGCAGUGGAUACAGCUUCAGGCAUUCUGGAAGAAAAUGGCUCAUCCAUUCUUCUUGGUGGGCAAGAAAUGAAUUAUAACCACUACACCAAGAGUUCAACUCCACUGUGUGCCGCUUCAUCCCCUGUCCAAAAGAGACAGCAAAGAGAGAACAGACAGUCCAUUCAUCUGCCUGCACGACCCGAGAGAAGCAUCGCUGAAUUCCUCAACCGAGCCCUCCGUUACUGUAGAAACCGAACCAAGAUGCAGCUGUAGGAGAAUCGUUGAGCUCCCAUUAAAGGCGGUUUGGGUGUUCCUGCAAAAGACAGACAAAAAAUAUAUUUAAUCAACCAAUCAGUAAACACUGAGGGAGAUUUUAUCAGUUCACCUUAUUCACUCACUUUGUGUGUUUGUGUGUGUGUAUGACAUGAGAUCCAGUCAAAUGUAACUGGAAGGAAUGUGACUCUGCUUGUGGUCAUUUACCCCACAGUGUAACGCUGUUAGCUCGUCCAGGUAACCCAUACUGAUCCAUAGAGGAAAAAGUGCAAGAGAGACCCACACAGGAGGGAGUGUGGGGUGGCGGUAGACGGCGGGUGAAUGGGAUCAUCAUCUGGUAGAUGGAGAGGGAAGGAGGGGGCCGACCACUGGUACUUGUGUGAGAACGCCGAUGGAUGGUGUUCCCUUUGUACAUCAACCUGUUAAUACUGAACUGACUGUGGCAACCAAGGCCUGGAGGAAAAAAAAAUAAGCAGGAAGGGUGGAAGCAAAGUGACAAUUUAAUGAAGAGUUGCAUUCAGAUAUUAAACUUUGGUUCAGUGAUGAAACUGAUUGUGGCUGCGUUAAUUUGUUGGAUUAUUUUGCAAGAUUGGUGACAGAUGUCUAAGUUAAAUUAAGAAACAAGCAACACUAUAUUCAAAUGGUUGUUAUUGGUAUGUUGGGGAGAGUAAUAUAACACUUUGCCCUUUAGUCAGUGGUUAUAGAAACAUUUUUUUCUUUUCGUGAUUAAUUUUAAGAAUAAAAAAAAAACAAGGCGUUGUUUGCAUUUUUUUCUUUUGCAAUUUAUUUGUACGCAAUGGAGAGACUGGCCCAGUAUAAUGCAUGAUUUCUUCCCAACAGAAAGGAAGAGGGCUUCAACACUUGUACUAUUGAAGUGGUGAUGAUGAUAUAAAGUUAAAAAAAAUUUAAUAAAUAGGAGGUGAGGGAAGUUUAUGGUGAGAGUGAUUUUAAAAAAAUAUAUAAAUGAAGUACUGUAAAGUGAAAAGAUGACGUCACACAAAAACUCUUUAUUUGCUGAGUAUGGUAAUUUGUCAGUGGGAAUGGUGUAUACAGCAAGGCCUUAUGUGAUCUGUAUUAUAGUUAAUAAAUCAAAUCUUGUUAAA